GUUGGCAUCUGGUGGCAGCGAGCAGGGCACAGCAAUGUGAGUAUGGGGACAGGGGGAGAAAGGGGACAGAGGGAGGGGAGCGUGGGCAGGGGGCCAGCAGAGGGGCCCAGGAGGGUGUGCAGGGACAAGGCUGACUGCUGUCCCCUGUCCUAGUGCCCCGACCCUCCCUGUCACUGCACCCCAGCCAGGGGGUGUCCCUGGGGGACAAUGUCACCCUGCGCUGCCACCUGCCCCGGCUGGCUGCCUGGGUCUGGCUGUACCAGGAAAGAGGUUGGUCAUACAACAAGGGGAAGGAGAAGGAAGCAGAACGCGGCCGAGUUCUUCUUUGUUAGCACACUGUGGGAACACGCAGGUAGAUAUCGGUGUCAGUACCGGGAGUCUUGGUCAGUAGGGGCAUCAGAGAAGAGUGACCCCUUGGAGCUGGUGCUGACAGGUGAGGACACUGGGGACAGCAAAUGGCUCUGGCUGCUCCCCACAGGACCUUAACCCACUGCUGUCCCCUCCCUCAUGCAGAUCACAGUUAUUCCCCACCCAGCAUUUCCAUUCACCCCGAGCAAUGCCUGGAGAUGGGGACCAACAUCACCAUCCGCUGCUGGAACAAGGACUACGGGGCCGCCUUCCUCCUGCACAAGGAUGGGAGCUCAGCCCCUAUCAAGCACCAGGACCCCAGUGGUGGAGGUUCUGCAAACUUUACCUUCCUGGCGGUGACCCCAGCUGACAGUGGAACCUACAGGUGCUCCUAUCGCCCCAGGGGUUACCCCUUUGUGUCCUCACCCCUUGGGGACAGCGUGAUGCUGGAGGUGACACCCACAGCUGCACCCUCAGGUGCUGAGGAGCAGUCCUGUGCCAAUCUGGUGAUGGCACUGGUGAGGGGCUUUGUGGCUGCACUCGUCUUUGGCCUCGGAGUCUUCUUUGUCAUCGAUGCUCGCAGCCUCUGAAUACGGAGAGAUGACAACUGUGGUGAGCAAGUUUAAAUGUCUACCAUCCUCUACUGAUUCCUGCAGUGUCCCCCGCCUGCCCUUCUAUCCCAUAUAGACCCUCCCAGGUGUCCCUUGCC